CUGCCACCGCCAAGCUUGUGUGCGGAGUUCAGCAGUCACUCAGGAAGUGAGCGCAGGGCCCCGCAGUUUCUCUGCUUUCACUCUUGUCCUUUACACAAAAGUUGUUUGUUGUCCAGCUGACAGACUGUUUCGACACUUUUAGGCUCGAAACCCGAGGUGUGUUUCUGUAGUGGACUGUGCAGCGCUGAGCAUCUGGGGAUCUGACCAGCAGAAGGUGCUCCGUCAUCUUUAGUAUGAUGGCCAACACGGUUGGCGCUGCUGCUCUGUGUGGAGAUCUCAAGGUCUUUCUGAACCAAAACCUCACCAAAGGCAACAUUUCUCUGGUAACACCAUCCAGCUACAGCCCAGCCUCCAAGAUCACACUAGGAACGGUCAAUUCCAAUGUGGGAGCCCAGAUGAUUUUAAGCACACCACAGAGAGUGUCUCACCCUGGAAAUAUCCUCAUCAGUAGCCCGUUUACGCCUCACACGACACCAAUUGCCAUGGUUACACAACCACACCCUCCCGAGGGCAACGAGUGGACCCCGGGGAACAAGAAAAGGACACAUGACUACAUGGAUUCCUAUUACUCAGACAGGGACGGACUGUGUUCGAUUGAUUCCUCAUCAAGUAAGAGAAUGAAGAGAGCAGAUAAGAAUGGUAAAGGUCUGAGACACUUCUCUAUGAAGGUAUGCGAGAAGGUACAAAAGAAGGGCACCACAUCAUACAACGAAGUGGCCGAUGAGCUGGUGGCCGAGUUCACCCAUGCCAGCAGUCUGAUGCCCGCUGACUCGGUGUACGACCAGAAGAACAUUCGGAGACGUGUAUAUGAUGCGCUCAACGUGUUGAUGGCCAUGAACAUCAUCUCUAAAGAAAAGAAGGAGAUACGCUGGAUUGGCCUGCCCACAAAUUCAGCCCAAGAGUGCAGAAACCUAGAGCUGGAAAAACAGAAGCGUUUGGAAAGAAUUCGGCAGAAAAGGGCCCAGCUAGAGGAGCUAAUAUUACAGCAGAUCGCCUUUAAGAAUCUGGUGCAGAGGAACCAGGCCAACGAAGCGUCGUCACAUUCGGCUCCCCCUCAAGGAUCUGUCAUUCAGCUUCCCUUUAUCAUCCUCAACACAGACGUACGCACCGUCAUCGACUGCUCCAUCUCUAGUGAUAAGUGUGAAUACCUCUUUAACUUUGACAACACAUUUGAGAUCCAUGACGAUGUUGAGAUCCUGAAGCGAAUGGGCAUGUCUCUGGGGCUUGAGAACGGCACAUGCUCUCCAGAGAACCUCAGUUUGGCCAAAUCUCUAGUGCCCAAAUCCCUGGAAGCUUAUGUCCUUGGAAUGGCCAGAAACUCCAACAGAACACCUCUCAGCCACACAAGCACUGCCCCUUCACACACCUCAGAGUCUCGGGGUCAAACGCCCAGCUCCUUCAAUGAGGAAGAGGACGACGACGAUGAAGACGAUGACAAUCCCUCUUCCCCAGAGUGAGCGUCUGCGCUGCAGGACGUCAGCCAUCGUUCUCUAUGCUGGGACAGGAUUCCCGAGCAGCACCGGGGAGGAAUGCUACACAGGAAAUAAGCUGCCACUCCUUGCUGUAUUACAAUAUUUUUAACUUCCCUCACAAUCUCUCACUUCCUCUUACCCAGUUUGGCACAAACUGAAGAAGACGUCGACUCUGGGGGAGACAGUUCACUGUGCUUUUUUAUUCUGUUAGUUGAUGCGUAAGCCGCAGGUCGGGCCGUAAAGGAGAGCAGAUGAGCAUAUUUUUCCAUGAAAGAUCCUCAGUUUCAUUUCCCUAAUCUCAGUGUUCUUACUUUCUCCACUACUCAUCCAGAGGACUUUCAACUUUCUCCCGAAAAUGUAUUUAUUUUGGUCAUUUUAAGACCAAACCAAGUUAUCUUUCUUUGCUGUAGGGAUUGGAAAAGCAGUGUCUUGGAAGGAAUUGAAAUUCUUAUGGAAAAAUCUUCAUUUUUUUAUAAGUGGAUCCGAUGUCAUUUUGUUGUAUUGCAUAGUUGAUUUACUGCAGUUGUUGAAGGACAGUAUUGAUGGUUGUUAUCAGCUGUUCUGGGUUCAUGUAGCUUGUUGCAUGUUGCAUCAAGCUAUCUGAAUAUUGCAUGUUAGGAGAUUUUGGUAGUCUUUGCGUGAGUGUGAUAAAAAACAUUUUCAGAGUGGCCAAAACAUGGGAAACUUCCCUCAUCCACUCGGGUCACAUUUUAAACUGACUUAAAUCAACAUAACAAAUAUGAAUUUUGAUUUGCAAGUGUAACUGUAUGUACAUGUAUACAUGUAUAAACAUAUCAUUUUGGUUACAAAAAAUCGCCUUUACUUGUUUCUUUUUUUUAUAUACAACAUUUUUAAAAAUCUAAAUGUUAACUCUUGUUACAUGUAUAA